CUAUUUAUCAUGAUUUUAUUAAUUCUUUUAAAACACAAAAAUCAUUUCAAAGUAACUUACAUAUUGAGAAAAACCUCAAAAGAAAUGGCCGUAUUUAACGGUCUUUUUUUUUUUUUUUAACUGACUUCUUUCUAAAUCAACUUUUGAAGAAAUACUUUUGUCACAGGAUGUAUGUAGCAUCACAAUUGUUAACAUUCACUCUCUGUUGAUCUCUCCCUGAGCAAAAAAUAUAAGCAUGUGUGAAAAAGCCUGUAGACAGUGUGGGUUAAAACUUUAAACAUAGUGAUACUGCAGGUAUGUUGACAGUAGAACCUUGACUAUAUGCUGCUUUUAACUCUAAAAUUCAUUUGAAGAAAAACGUUUCUAAUCUUCAUAAUUUUUUUAGUAAUCUAUAGAAAACAAUUACUAGAUGAUAAAUAUAACAUGAUCCUCUAGUUUCUUCUUGCCACAGGCUUACAGCCCUACCUUAACUCCACUUCAAUCUUCAUUUUUUUUUUAAAUUGAGUCAGGUCUUUCUAUGUAUUCUUUUCUGUUCUGGAACACAUAUGAGCAUCAGGGGGCCUCAAACUCAUAGAGAUCCUUCCGUUUCUGCCUCCCUAGAGUUGAGAUUAAAAGCAUGAACUACCACGAAAGGCCCUCACUUGCUUCUGUUCCACACCAACUCUUUUCUUAAAUCAGUUAAUUUUUUCAUAGCCUAUUUGCUUUCUUUAACCAUCCUUAUCUUAUAUGCCUGAAAAACUAGCACUUCUCCAUUACUCACCUCUCCUCACUCAGGCUGCAUACCACCGAGGACAUCAGGACUAAACUUGCCAUACCACUGUGCAAGCCAUCAAAGAAGCUGCACAAUGAUUCCUAGAGAUUAUUAAGCACAGGCCUUCGAUAUGAAAGUCAAAUGCUUCAUGACCUUGUUUUGGCCAUUCUCUAUACUACUACUGUUUGACAAAAGCCAGGCCUCUGAAACAGAAGUCAAAUGUAAUUUUACCAAAAGGAAUUAUUCCUUGAUUCCAGAGGAUAUCAGUAACAAUGUUACCAUCCUUGAUCUAAGUUAUAAUCAGAUCACUCUGAAUGCUUCAGACAUCAGGGUGCUACAGAUGUAUUCUUUACUCACUGAGCUCUACUUGAUGGAGAAUAACAUUACUGUCAUAUAUAAUAAUAGUUUCAGUAAUCUCUCCAACCUAGAAAUUUUAAAUCUCUGUGGAAAUUCUAUCAGUGUAAUUGAACAGGGCUCAUUUGUUGGCUUAAAUGAAGUAAAACAGUUAUAUCUCUGCCGAAACAAAAUAUUACAACUGAAUCCCAGUACAUUUGUGCCUCUAAACAACCUGAAAGUUCUGAAUCUUCAAGGCAACUUGAUAAGCCAUUUUGAAGUACCACACCUACUUCAUCUGGAGUUACUAACUUUGGAUGGAAAUCCAUGGAACUGCACCUGUAGUCUACUCGAGUUGCAGAACUGGCUGAACAAGUCUGAUGUGACAUUAGAAAAUGAGAGCAUCACCAUGUGUAACUAUCCAGAUGAGCUAAAGCAAUACAGCAUCAAGUCAGCACCCUUUACAACUGAAUGCCACUCUAAAUUUAUUUCCACUAUAACUGAAGAGCUUUAUAUUGAUUUUCAGUCCAUGAGGAAUUCAACUUCCAAUGGCUCUUUAAACAACUUAACACGGAACUCAGAACAUGAACCUCUUGGAAAAAGCUGGGCUCUCCUUGUUGGUGUUGUCCUCACUGUCCUGCUAACUUCGCUCCUCAUCUUCAUUGCUAUCAAGUGUCCAGUGUGGUACAAUAUUCUGCUCAGUUACAAUCAUCAUCGCCUGGAAGAGCAUGAAGUAGAACCCUAUGAAAAUGGUCUUCCUAGAAACCCAAGUUCUCUUUCACAAAUAACAGAUACAAACUCUGAAGACACCACAGUAAUAUUUGAACAGUUGCAUUCAUUUGUGGUAGAUGAUGAUGGGUUUAUUGAAGACAGAUAUAUAGAUGUCAAUGAGGUACAUGAAGAAAAAUAAUUUUAUCAUGUUGAAAUUAUGAAAAAUAUUAUCGGUCUACUUAUAGCUUAGACAAAAAGAUUUUUAUUUGACAAACAAAACUAUAACCAGUAGACCUUCAUAUUAUUCAGUACCUUAUGUAAAUAUCAUACAAUUAUUUUUCUACUGACUUGCACAAGCAAGUCCAAAUGCAGUAACUCAUACUCUGGUUGGCUACAAGUUAAAUAAUUUAUCUCCACCACCAGCAUUUACUAGUGUCGACAGUAUUCAGGAAACCACAAACUGGGAAAAAGAACACCUAUGGAUGAUUGUUUACUAACUAAAAUGAACAGAUUCUGGUAUUAAUAAAUACAUGUGCUGCAAUGUCUGAAAUUAUACUAAAAUUUUGCUCAAUAAAGAAAUACAAAUUUAGAUUUAUAUCAACAAA